CGGUAAGGUAUGAUAGUAUUUAGAUCUAUUAAUAUAAAUACUUUUCACGUCGUAUACGAUAUAAAAUAUGAUAAUAGAGACUAUCAGUAAACGAAUAGAAAUACACAAUAUGAAUAUUUUGUUAUCAAUAUCAAUAUCAUCAUCAAUUUAAUGAUCUUCUUGUAGUGUAUGAUUUACAUAAUUUUAUAUUGCGAAAUUACAAUUUGUAUUAUUGAAGAUAAGAAAUAUUAGUCAUUGUUACAAUGAAGUGUCACUAUGAGAUAUUAGGAGUGCCACGAAAUGCUUCUGAUGAUGACUUAAAAAAGGCUUACAGAAAACUAGCUUUAAAGUGGCAUCCGGACAAAAAUUUAAAUAAUCCAGAAGAAGCAAAGGAACAGUUUCAGCUUGUUCAACAAGCUUGGGAAGUAUUAAGUGAUCCUCAUGAACGUACCUGGUAUGACAACCAUCGUGAAGCCAUUUUAAAAGGUGGUAUUGAUGGAGAUUAUAAGGAUGACUCCAUUGAUCUCUUUCAAUAUUUCUCAACUACUUGUUUCAAGGGUUAUGGAGACGAUGAAAAAGGAUUUUAUACUAUUUAUCGUAAUGUAUUUGAAAAAUUAGCAGUUGAGGACAUAGAAUUUGCAAAAGAAAGAGAUUUAGAUGAAGAAAUUCCAGGAUUUGGAGAUUCACAAAGUUCAUAUAAAGAAAUUGUACAUAAAUUUUAUGCUUAUUGGCAAAGUUAUAACACAAAAAGAUCAUUUGCAUGGUUAGAUCCUUAUGACAUUAGAGAUGCUCCUAAUAGAAGAGUCGCGCGUCUUAUUGAGAAAGAAAAUAAGAAAGUUCGAGACAAAGCUAAGAAGGAAAGAAAUGAACAAGUAAGAAAUUUAGUUGCAUUUAUACGUAAACGUGAUAAACGAGUACAGGCUCAUAUAGUUAAGCUUAGUGAACAUGCAAAAGAAAAUUUGAAAAAGGUAGAGGAACGAAGAAGACAACAAUUAUUAGAAAGACAAAAACAAUUAAAAGAACAUAAAGUAUCAGAGUGGUCAACAUCUUCAAACAUAGAGGCCGAGCUUAAAAAUAUUGAAGCUAAUCUUGAUCAAGAAUUUGGAGAAGAUUUAUCUUCUGAAGGAGACAUGGAUGAUGAAAAUGCAAUAGAUGAUAAUUCUUUGUAUUGUGUAGCUUGCAAUAAAGUAUUUAAAACGCAUAAAGCAUUUGAAAAUCAUGAAAACUCUAAAAGACAUAAAGAUAAUAUUGCAAUGAUAAAACUAUCUAUGAUGAAAGAAUGUGACAAAUUUGGAAAUGUUCAAGAAAGUGAUGUUAAUUCUGAAUCAAUCUCACAAUGUGAGAAAAAACUAGCAACAGAUUCACAAAUUCCUGAUUUUUUAUUAAAUCCUGUUCAAAAUAAUAUGGAGAAUAAAAGUAGUGCUGAAAAAGAAAUUUCAGAGGCAGAAUUAAUGUCAGAUGAUGAAGAAUUUAAGGAUUUCGCAGAAGCAGAAGGAAUAACGUGCUAUCCAGAAGAAUCUAAAUUUGCUGUGGAAUCUCAGAUGGACGAUUUCCUUCGCGUAUCACCUAAAGUACUGAAAUAUAAUAAUGAAUAUACAACUUCUGAAGAUGAGCUUAUUUCCGACCAAGAAAAUAAGGAAAUUGUGCGAUCCAAGAAACAAAAAAAGAGAAAACAGAAAAAGAACGUUCAGAAUCCAGUAGUAGAACAAAUUAGUGACGAAGAUCUAAAUAUCAAUGAAAAUAUUUUGUUAUCAAAAAAACAACGCAAAAAACAGCAACACAAGCAGACAAUGUUAAAUAAAAUUGUUGAGAAUAAUCAAAAAUUGUCCAAUGAUGAAACAAGGAAAUGUGAGGAAGAGAUAAUCAAAGAAAUAGAUAGAAGAGAAUUAUUACCUAAUAAUUUAGAAACAAAUACUGCAACUAAUGAGAAAUCUAAAAGUAAAAAGGUCAAAAGUGCAAAAAGAAAAUCUUUAGAAAAAGAAAAUGGAGGUAAAAAUAGGGAUGGAUCACAAAGCAUUGAAGUGCCAGAUUUAGCACAUUGUUGUGUCACAUGUAAACUUGAAUUUCCUAGUAAAAAUAAAUUAUUUGAACAUUUGAAAAAGACAGGACAUUCUGUAUAUAUACCAAGUUCAGUGACAAAUAAAAGAAAUCAAGAAAAAUUGAGUAAAGGCAAGGGGAACAAUGAUAAAAGGAGUCAUAUGGCAAAUAAUAUGUUAGAUGAUUCUAAUUUAAGGUCCAGAAUUAUGGCUGCCAAAAAGCUAAUUUAUCCUGCUGCUGAACGUAACAAAAGUCCAAUUUUGUCAGUUCUUCAAAAAUAUAUUCAGCAUAGUCCAGAUAAAACUUUUUUGGAAAUUGCAUCUGGUUCUGGACAACAUAUAGCCUAUUUUGCUACUCAUUUUCCUCAAAUUUCAUUUUAUCCUUCAGAAUAUGAAUCAAGGCUAUUCGAAAGUAUUACAGCUCAUACAAAUGGACUUAUAAAUGUGAAAGACCCUUUAAAGAUAGAUAUUACAACUGAUUUUCAUACUUGGGGUAAUAACAUCUUUAAGGAAGCCGAUAUUGAUUAUAUAUAUAAUGCAAAUAUGAUACACAUUUCACCUUAUCAGUGUUGUGUUGGUUUAUUUAAUAAUGCGGGUAAAUUGUUAAAGGAUGAUGGUAUUUUAUUUACAUAUGGACCUUAUGCUAUAGACGGAAAAAUAACGCCAGAAAGUAACGUUAAUUUCAAUAAAUCAUUGAAGCUUCAAGAUUCAAACUGGGGCUUGAGAGAUAUUAAUGAUCUGAAGGCAUUAGCAGAAAAGAAUGCUCUGAGCGCAUCUUCCAUUAAUCUAGACUUUGGUGCUCUUGCUAAAUAUGUUGUACACUGUGCUAAAAGGACAUCACAUUCAGGCAUUCCUAUCAUCUUGCAACCAUGCAUUCUAGUGUUAUGGUCACAGGACCAUUUUGUAAAAAUUCUUCAUUGCUCUGUAUUUUAUAUUGAACUGCUAAUUCUAGUCCACUCAAUGCUAUACGCGCGUCACCAUCACAAGUUUCUGCUAACCAUUCUAUGUGAAGACACUGCUCGAUUUAAUAUAGACAUUAAAUUAGAUAUGUUCAAUUUCUCCAAAACAAUGACUCUACAACGACUCAAAAGUGCCGAAUUUAAGCUGAAAGAAGGAUUUUCUGUUGUUGCACCAAUUAGUGUAAUGAUACCAGAUUCAACAUGUGUUCGUCGAAGGCGAAGGACAUUAGAUAACAAGCAAUCGCAGGUGCAAAGCGCCAAGUUUGAUUAUGAACAUAUUUCUACCAAUUGUGUCGAAAAUGUUGUCGAACAGGAGGAGAAAGACGAAGAAAUUGUUUCAAAUGUAAUUGAGAAGUUUAAGACACUGGAAACGCUAAAAACUCGAAUUAAAAUCAGUCUCGAAGUUGACUUAAUUUCAGUUAUUUUAUUAGUAAGUGGAAUUGUUACUCGAUUUUAUCGUUUAGAAGAACCACGAAGUAUAGUGUUUGAUGAAUUACAUUACGGAAAAUAUAUAGGACUUUACAUGAAAAGAACAUUUUUUUUUGAUUCACAUCCUCCUUUGGGAAAACAACUUAUUUCUGCAGUAGCGUAUUUAGCUGAUUUCGAUGGUCAAUUUAAAUUUGACAGGAUAGGAAGCCCUUACGCAGACAUUGUCCCUUUGUUCGCAUUACGAUUAGUACCGGCAUUAUGCGGCAGUCUAUUAAUUCCGACAGCCUAUCAUUUGAUUUUAGAAUUAGGUUUAAAACAAUGGACUGCUGUUUUGGCGGGAAUUUUAUUACUAUUCGACAAUGCAUUGUUAACACAAUCUAGAUUUAUUUUAAUGGAAAGCAUUCUAAUGCAGUUUUCAUUAUUUGGACUGAUAUGUAUUAUCAAAUUUAGAAAAGUAAUGGAUCGACUAACAUGUUUAUCUUGGUGGAUAUGGUUAAUUUUGGGCAUUACUAAUUUAACAUGUGCAUUAUGUGUAAAAUAUGUUGGAUUAUAUUCAUUGAUCCUUGCAUUAUUUUUAAUUGCUUAUGAUUAUUGGAAUCUAAUAUCAAGAAAAACUUUAUCUAACACAAUAUUAUGCAUUCAUCUUAUGAUAAGAGUAUUGAUAAUAUUAAGUGUUAUUUGUACUGUUUACUUGACUGUAUUUUAUAUACAUUUAACAAUACUCUCUAAAGCUGGACCGCACGAUUCAGUAAUGACAAGUGCUUUUCAAGCAAGUCUCGAUGGUGGUCUUGCUAGCAUUACAAAAGGCCAACCUUUAGAAGUUACGCAUGGAUCACAGAUUACCUUGAGACAUACAUAUGGAAGAGCUUGUUGGCUUCAUAGUCAUAGUCAUAUGUAUCCAUUAAGAUAUCCAGAUGGAAGAGGCAGCUCUCACCAACAACAAGUUACAUGUUACUCAUUUAAAGAUGUCAACAAUUGGUGGAUUGUGAAAAAACCAGAGCGAAAUGAUUUAGUUGUUACAAAACCCAGUGAACCAAUAAAACAUGGAGAUAUAAUACAAUUAGUACAUGGGAUUACAAGUCGAGCUUUAAAUUCACAUGAUGUUGCUGCCCCAAUGACACCUCAGAGUCAAGAGGUGUCUUGUUAUAUUGAUUACAAUGUAUCUAUGCCUGCUCAAAAUUUUUGGAAAGUGGAGGUUACUAACAAAGAUAAUACUGGUGAUGUUUGGCAUGCGAUUCAAAGCCAGAUUCGAUUAAUACAUGUAAAUACAGAUUAUGCACUGAAAUUUAGUGGAAGGCAAUUGCCCGACUGGGGAUUUAACCAGCAUGAAGUAGUGGCAGAUAGAUUAGUAGACCAAACAGACUCCAUAUGGAAUGUUGAAGAACAUAGGUAUACUAAAAGUGAAGAUCAGAAGCAAAGAGAAAGAGAAUUAAUUAAUGCUGAAAUGAUUCCAUUACAAGCUACUACUUUGAGCUUUUGGGAGAAAUUUGUAGAAUUGCAGAUAAAAAUGCUUUUCAGCGGUCAAGAAGGACAAAACAGUCAUAUGUAUUCUAGUGAUCCUUUAGAUUGGCCAUUAAUGUCUAGAGGAAUUGCAUAUUGGGUUUCUAAUGACAGUAAUGCUCAAGUGCAUUUAUUAGGGAAUAUAGCAAUUUGGUAUUCUGGAACAGCAUGUGUAAUUGUCUAUUCAUCUCUUUUAAUAUUUUAUAUGUUAAGACGGAAACGAAUGUGUUUUGAUAUUGCAUAUGAAGAGUGGAAGAAAUUUGUUAAUGUUGGAAGCAUGUUGUUAGCUGGAUAUUUAUUACAUUUUUUGCCUUUUGUAUUUGUUGAAAGAACUCUAUUUCUUCAUCAUUAUUUACCAGCAUUUAUUUUUAAACUACUGCUUACAGCAGCGACAAUAGAACAUUUAUAUUACGUAAUUAGAGUUCGAUAUCAGCACAAUUUUUUGAUAUAUACAUUAAAGUUCUGUACUAUCGUAUGGAUGACCUUUAUUAUUUAUGUAUUUAAAAAAUUUAUUAUACUUAGUUAUGGCACAACUCAUUUAAGUGCCAAGGAAGUUUUAAAGUUCAGAUGGAAAGACACAUGGGAUUUUAUUAUACAUAAAACAUAAUAGACAAUCAAAGAUGUAAAGUUUUUUAAAGUAUACAUUUAUAAAAUUGUUAUCUGUAUCUUGUAUCAAAAGUUAUUUAAUGUAUCACUUAUAUAUACAUUGUAUGUUGAUAUUAUAAAGAACAAAUUUUAAUAAUUGUAAGAACAUUGUUCAAAUGUUCAAGGUACAAGUUUAAUUCACAUAUCUAGAUGUAUUAUUCUUCUUACUUUUUUACAUAACGAAAAGUAUAUGAUAAAUUAUACAGACUGAUUAUAUUUUAUAACAUUCCCUCUUAUUAUAUGUAUAUAAUAAGCAAACAUAAAU